AUGAGCGAUUAUAGAAGCUUCGGCAGUAACUAUCACCCAUCAAGUCAAUCCAGAAAGGUUUCCAUUGGAGUUAUGGCCGAUUCUCAGCUCAAGAGAAAUCCUGGGCCAGUUAAGGGUGAUGGAGAUGUCAUUGCUAGAGUAGAAAAGUUGAAAUCAGCCACAGUAGCUGAUUUACAGGCGAACAAGGAAGAUAAAGGUGAUUUAGCUACCAACAAGCAGAGAAAAUCAGCUCAGGGCACAGAACAAGCGACCUCACCUUGGAGGUCUCCAAGAUCCUCUUAUCGGAGAUUGGGGACUCUGGAGAAUGUUCUUUCUAAGCAAACGACUAGUUUGUCUGGUAGCAAAGGAUUAAGCAAGGGACUUAACGGAGCACCUCAGGCACCAGCUCGUGAGCCAUUCCAAAACUUACCCAUCUCGACUCCUCAGCACAGUGAUGGUGAGCUGAACGGUGGCAGGAACGACAAUGGGAUGGAUAGGACUCCAGAGAGGAUGGAAGAACCUCCAUCUUCAGUCUUGCAGCAAAAGAUUGCGUCACAGAGAGAGGAGAUGGAUAAACCAGAGAAGGAUAAAAAUGGAGGUACUGAUGUUUUAAGAUCAAAACUGUGGGAAAUAUUGGGGAAAGCUUCGCCAGCAUACAAUGAAGAUGUGAGCUCUGAGACCCCAGAAGUGGUGAAGACCAACUGCAAGUUGAGUCAAGACAAGGGUUCAAAUGAGGAUCCUCUUAUUAAGCCUAGACACAAUACAGAUUCUAUUGAAACUGAUUCUGAGAGCCCUGAAAUUGCAACCAGAAGGCCAGUAACUAGAGCUUUGUUGCAGAGGAGGGUAGGAACCAAAGGCGUCCAGAAGAGAACCAAAGCUGGUGCCAACUUAGGUGGCAAAAGCGCAGAACAAGGAAAUAGUGUAUUCUCCUUUGAAGAAGGUUUGCGCGGAAAAACUGGCACUGCUAUGAAUUCCAGUGUUAUGCCGAAGAAACAAAGGGGUAGGAGAAAAAACACUGUUGUGAAAUGCCGAAAGGUUAAUUCUCGCAACAAGGAUGAAGCUGAUGGGAUUCGGAAGGAGCUGAGUAAGAGUAAAACUCCACAACGUUCCGAGAGCACGGGAACUGGCAAAAGGUCUUCAUUUUCAGACAAAAAGGAAAGUUCCCAUGAGCUUCAACAGCAGAGCAAAGCCCGGAAACAAGAACCAAAUAUAAGAACAAGGGAAGAAGAUCUUCAUCCAUCGCCAGAAGCUGAAACAGCAGCUACACCAGAGAUGUUUCAUGGAUUAUCUAAAGAUGGCGAUAAACAGGAAAGACCGAAUAAUGUUUUCAGGGAAAAGUCUACUGAGCCAGAAAACGAGUUCCAGAGUCCAACGUUUGGAUAUAAAGCACCAAUCUCAAGUCCUUCCCCUUGUUUUUCUCCCGAAGCAUCUCCUCUGCAACCCAGGAAUACUAGUCCUGCUUUUGAUACAGAAACACCAAUAUUUAGCUUUGGUACUAAGAAAACCUCUGAAGGGGCAAAAGGCCAAGCGUCAGACACAGAGAUGAGAUUGCCUGACUUCUUGGAGAAGAAAAGAGAUUAUUCUUUCAGAAGAGAGAGUUCUGGCGAGCCAAAUGAAGAUUUAGUUCUGUCAGAUCCGUCCUCAGAUGAGAGAGGUUCAGAUGGAUCAAGAGAAAACUCACCAGCGUUGGGACGUUACAGCAGUCCCGAAGAAAGAGAAAUUGCCAAUUGGAGUAAUGAGAAAUCGAAGCUGGGGUCUAGCACAGCUAAACGGAACUCUAACCGUAAGGGAAGGGGACGCGUUGUAUUAAGUCCUACGUCGUCUUUGUCCAAAGGAAUCAAUAAAACUGCUUCCUUCCAGCAGUUUUCAGAGAUGGAUGAAGAUGAAGAUGAAGGCUUGGGAAGGGCUAUUGCAUUGUUCGCUGUGGCUCUUCAAAACUAUGAGAAAAAACUGAAAUCUGCAGCUCAAAAGAAGUCCUCCGAAAUUAUAGCAUCGGUCUCCGAGGAGAUACAUCUGGAGUUGGAGAAUGUCAAGUCUCACAUCAUAACAGAAGCGGGAACAACGAGUGACCUAGCCAAAACUAAGAGAAAGCAUGCCGAAACAAAAUUACAAGAGCAACAAGAGAAAAUGAGGAUGAUCCAUGAAAAGUUCAAGGACGAUGUGAGCCAUCAUCUUGAAGAUUUCAAGAGUACUAUUGAAGGGCUUGACGCAAACCAUUCGGAACUGAAAGGAGCCAUAAAGAAGCAAAAAACGUCACACCAAAAACUCAUAGCCAAUUUUGAAGGAGGCAUCGAGACAAAACUGGAUAAUGCGACAAAGAGAAUCAAUUCUGUCAACGAGUCUGCGAGAGGAAAGAUGUUGCAGCUUAAGAUGAUUGUUGCUGAAUGUUUGAAGGAUGAUGUGUUGGAUUGA